AUACUAAAAAUUUACUAAAAUCCGUUUUGGGCUAAUUCAUCAUGGCCAAAAGUUUAAAGUUAAACAGUGUAGCAUUAACGGGCAGCAAAGAAGACAACCAUUUAUGGAUUAAAAGAACUGCAGCCAGAGCACACCUCAGAGGAGCAGGAUUUAAGGAUGAGGAUUUUACGAAGCCGAUAAUCACUGUUGUAUCUCCUUACAGCAACGCAUUGCCUUGCAAUAAUCACUUUAGGGUUUUAGCUGAUUGGAUUGUUGCUGAAGUGGAAAAGAAAGGAGGCGUGGCCUUCAUUUGCAACACCCCUGUUGUCAGCGACGGAGAAACUAAUGGCUCAAUUGGUAUGAGGUAUUCAUUGAUUUCUAGAGACUGGAUUGCUGACUGUGUUGAGAUAAUGCAUCAAGCGUAUUUCGCGGAUGCAAUCAUUUCUCUUGGAGGCUGUGACAAAACAGUACCUGGAGUUGUCAUGCCUAUUGCUCGUCUUAAUGCCGUGGGUGUUAGUCUAUAUGGAGGGACAAUUCUCCCGGGUAAAUGCCCAGGAAGAGACGUUGCUUGGGAUGCACAGACAUUAAUGGAGGCCAUUGGUUCGUAUGGUGCUGGUAUUAUAGACAUGGAGGAACUACACACCAUUGAGUGUCACGCACUGCCAGGCUCUGGAUCUUGCGGUGGCAUGUUCACGGCUAAUACAAUGAGUUCUGCUAUAGAAGCUCUAGGAAUGGCAUUACCAGGAACAUGCUCCAGUCCAGCUGUAUCUCGGGAUAACGUGGUCACUGAUGAGAAGCAAAGGCAGUGCAGUCAAGUGGUCGACACUGUUUUUAAUUUAUUAACAAAUCGACUGACAGCUAGACAAAUAAUGACAAGAAAAGCUUUUGAAAAUGCCGUUACCAUUAUGUAUGCUCUUGGUGGUUCUACUAAUGGAGUGUUGCAUUUACUUGCGCUGGCACAUGAAGCUGGAGUUGAUUUGAAGAUUGAAGAUUUCAACAUCAUCGGAGAUAGGGUCCCACUUCUAGCUAAUCUAAAACCCCAUGGGAAGUAUCAUAUGUCCGAUCUACAUGACAUUGGUGGACUGCCAAUUGUUCAGAAAGAGUUACUGACAGGUGGUUUGCUUCAUGGAGACUGUAUGACAGUAACUGGGAAGAGUCUUGUCGAGAAUUUAGCAGAGACGCCAUCACUGGCUGACCUAAAACAAGAUGUAGUCCGCCCUUUGAGUAAUCCAUUAGCUCAACCUGGUCAUCACAUCAUAGUAAUGAAGGGUUCUCUAUGUCCAGAGAGUGCUUUAUUUAAGCUAAGUGGAAAGUCAUUUGACAAGCCGUUUACUGGACCUUGUCGAGUCUUUGAUGGCGAAUACAAAGCUUAUGAUGCUAUAAUGGCUGGAGAAAUAAAACCUGGCGACGUUCUAAUCAUCAGAUACGAAGGCCCUAAAGGAAGUCCUGGUAUGCCAGAAAUGCUAAGCCCUGGAGCGGCACUUGUAGGAGCGGGUCUAGGAAAAACCGUUGCUUUGGUAACCGAUGGUCGUUUCAGCGGUGCAUCACACGGUAUAAUGAUUGGUCAUGUGACACCUGAAGCUUACGAUGGAGGGCCAAUAGCUCUGAUAGAAGAGGGGGACACCCUCACCAUUGACAAGAGCAAUAGGAGCAUUAACAUUAAUGUUGCGCCUGAUGUUUUAAGUGAACGUCGUUCUCGUUGGCAACCACCAGCUGGCCCUCUCCCUGGACUACUGGGAAAGUACAGGCGCUGCGUUCAAUCUGCUCACUACGGAGCCGUGACAUGUUGAAUAUGUUUUUUGUAAUUAUAAUUUCUAAGUGAUGCCGUUACAGUUGUGA